UGACAAUCGUGAGGAGGCAGUAAGUGGAGAUGGCUCCAGAAAACUGGGAGGACUCAGUGACCCCUAAUGUCACAUCAAGCUUACAUUUUAACACAAGUGAUGGACCAACCCAUGAAACCAUCCCAGCCUUCAAGUUGAUAUCCGCCAUAUUUCUGCUCUUCACCUUUGUGUUUGGAUUGGUCAUGAAUACUUUAUAUCUCUGGGUGCUUGGCUUCAGGAUGAGAAGAAGUAUCAACACCACUUGGUUUUUUCAUUUCAUUUUGGGCAAUCUUGUUUUCACCCUCUCCAUUCCAUUUUUCACUACUUAUGUUAUUAUGAGGCCACACUGGAUAUUCAAACUAUUUUUGUGCAAAGUUAUCAAUUCAUUAAUUUCAUUAGACAUGUAUUUGACCGUAUUUGUCCUCACAGUGAUCAGCAUUGACCGGUUCCUCUUGGUGUUUCAUCCUGUCUGGUACAGGGGACACAUGAACCCACAAAAGGCUACUGUUAUCUGCCUGUUUUUGUGGUUCUUGGCUCUCUUGUUCACCGCUCCCUACCUUGUGUUGCGACAAGUGAAAUAUGAAAAUAACAUCACCAUCUGUUACAAUGACUAUACGCUUUCUGGGCGGUGGAAUGGGCAGCGAGUGAAAUGGAUUAUGUUCACUACCCGGUUGUUUUUGGGUUUACUCAUUCCUUUUGUAAUCAUUACAAUAUGUUAUCUCCAAAUCAUCAUCAAGAUAAGUAAAGAAAACCUGGCAAAGUCUAACAAACCCUACAAGAUAAUCUGCAUUGCUAUUGCAUCAUUCUUUGUUUGCUGGACACCCUACCACGUAUGGUAUGGGAUGAGUGCUGAGCCAGGUCGGUUCCCAGAGGGUCUUCUAAAUGCGCUGAAUGUAUUAGCAACGAGCUUGACCUGUCUUAAUAGUUGUUUCACCCCAAUAAUCUAUCUAUUCAUUGUGGAGGACUUCAAAAUGAUGUUCAAAAAGUCUCUUUUGGAAUUUAUUGAGUUAGUCCUCAGCGAAGCCUUUACCUCAGCCAACUGGACUGUUGGAUGAAUAGAAAGAGCAACAAAGGACAAGACAAAUUAAGACUUACACCUGGAUAAGAUAUGAGUAUAUGACUAUAUGGUACAAUCGUCAAUUCAAGGCACUGGUGGAUGCUCUGACUAGGAUAGAAAACUUUAAGUAGAUCUUAGCUAUCCAUCCGUAACAAUACACUUGUCCACCCUGGAUAUGACCAUUAACCCCCUCAUCAACCUUGACAACCAAGGAUACUGGUGCCAACAAUAGGCACUUACCCUGUCACUGUUCAACCCAUAAAAGAGUCUUGAAACAUGAUUAGUGCUAAUAGCCAAACUUAGACACCCAUCAAAUACUUGCCUAGUAUACUUAGAUAUGUUACCUAUAGGUGGUAUGAUUA